UUACCAUUGAACAUCCACACACAGAUGUUGUGAAAUGUACACAGUUAGUGAGAGGUCAGUGACUUUUAACCACUUCUUGGCAAGAGACUGAGAAGAGGAGACAGGACCAUCAUUCCUUAGGAUCCCACAGGUCCAAGGAAUCUGGAGGCAGUGGAUAUGGGAGGGCCUGUCAGCAAGCUUCAGUGUCCAUUCCAAGAAUGCUCCAGUAGUGAAGAGAAGAAAGGAAAAAAGGAAAGGGGAAAAACAACCCCACCAAAACACCAAAAACUGUUCUGGUUUUGGCCCUUGCUGCCUUCAACACUAGCUGAGGGAUCAGCAGUGGAACUGCCCUGGUGCCAAGAGUGUGGCAUUGUCCUCUUACACUCGUGCAAAAUCAGUCUGUUCUCAGCCUGCUUCUGGUGAAACUUGGAAUCUGUAUCCUCAACUCCACCUUGGGAAGUCUUCAGUCACUCCUUUCUCUGUGCUGGAACACAACCUUUUGGAACUGAAGAUGAGAUCUCAAGGAUUUCUAGGAUUGUUCUCACUGCUCUGCAGGUUAUCAGGUAUCUUGAACACCCAUGAUCCUUACUAAUCUUUAGUGAAAAUUGCACUGUCAAAUCCUUCAAAUAUCCCAUAGUAUCUGUGUGGGGAUGCCAUUGCUUAAAUCAGGCUGAGGACAAAAUCAGCAGAAGACAAGGUGAAAAUGCAUCAGCUUUUUCAGAGGGUAUUCUCAUGAGGAAAAUUUGAAUCUUAGUGGUGUGGAAAGAUGUGAAACACCAGCUGCACUCCAGCACUUGCUACAGGCGGCCGUUCCAUUCUGAACUUGGACCUCAGGUUUUGUGGGCCUGUUCCCAAGCUUUAAAUACUUUCAAGAAUUAAAGCCACCAGGACUGCUCAGACCUGAAUGCCUACACCAUGGCCUCCUCCAGCCCUUUCCAGAUACAACAGGCACCCUCCAGCAUCCCUGUGUUCAGAGCCUGGGGCUUUUUGCUUUUGCCAGAAGGACUUCAGCAAGCUUCUCUCCUCUGAUGCUGACUGGCUUAUCUGCCACCUCCUCUCUCUGGGGAAUGCUCACACAUUGUCAGGGGCCAGGCAUAGCCAGUUACCAGCUCCUAAUGGGGACUUGGCAGUCACAUUUUCAUGAGCAUCCCAAGAUCCAAGAUAAGCUGUGCUGAAGAAAAGACUCAGGUGUCUUGGAACUGCAAGCAGUGAAUUGAGUGGCUAUGCCCAUUAAAAAGCAUUUUGGUUUCCAGUUGGCAGUUCCUUGGAGACAGCCUCUCAGAAGGUGUGUCAGACAGCAAGUCCUGUUUCAAAAAUUGAUGAUUAUUUCACUGAUCCCUGUUUUACGGCUGCUUCUGCAGCAGUGAGACAGGAUGGAUGUUUGAAAUCACUCCUGAAUGCUGAAAUCUAAAACUGGUCAUUCAUGGCUGGUGUCAUAGCCAUCGGUCCUGCAGCUUGUGAAUUGUAAGAGCAGCUCUGCUGGCUUGUUUUAGCCCCUGCUUCAAGGUGAUUUAAAUUUUGGAGAUGCACUUUCCACUACUAUAAUGGAAAUAAACCACCAAAAUAUAGGAACCAAAAUUCAUUAGGUUUAAUUUCAUUGAUGGAUUCUGCUAAACCAAAGCUGCCCCACAUAGAAGAGUUUGGGAUGGAUAUUUUCAGUUGUGCCUUGUGUUAUCAAAGGCUUUAGUUGUGAGCUGAAGUUUCUUGCUGGUUUUGGCAAUGAUUAUUAUUUAGCUGUAAGUAAAUUGAAACAGAAUCAUACUGCUUUUAGUAUAGGUAAGGUAUUUAGCACAGUAAUUUUUGAUUGAGGCUAAAGUGUGUGUUUCAAGAUGUGAUUCUUUUCUUCCAGGUAUGUGUUAUGAUUUACUCAUCUUUCAAGCUGAUGUUAAAUAGAAGUUUUCUGGCAUCUGCUUUUCUUCCUUGUCCAGAAGGGGCACUUCAGUGAGAGUAGAAAUGCUUCUUGGUCUUGCUCCCUUAAUUCAAACAUGUAACUUUACAGAAUAUAUAAAUCAUUGAAGAUCCGUUAGGCGUUGCUUUGAUGAAAAAUGAAGAGCAAAGACAUCAAUUUCAGUCUUACUCAACCAUUGUGUAUUUUUAUUUGUUAUGACAAUCUCAUUUUACUUUUUUUUUUUUUUUUUUGGUGAUUCCAUCUUCUUUUUAGAUGGGAGGAAGAGUUUGAACUCCUUGGUUUUUUAGCAUGCAAUUACCAUUACAGCGUGCAAACUAAUUAUUAUGGCAUAACACAUUGUCAGUUCAUCUUCUGAUUAUUAUGGAUUAGUAGAAUUUGUGUGUAGGAACAGAUCCUAUUACCUUGCAGCUUCCACAUUCUUCCUAGAUUAUGGCACUUCCUGUCUGUGUAGCUUAAAAACAAAUCUGAAUUUUAUUCUUUGGCAAUUAUUAGAAGUUGAGUUAAAUCACAUUUUAAUAUGCUUUUCAAAAACUAAAUUUAAAAGCCACUGUAGUAUUUCUCAAACUUUCUAGAAAUAUUAUUAAAAGUUUACCAGUAUUCCCUUUGACAUAA